AGACAGGGGGUCAGGCAGAGGCAGAGGGUCAGGCACAGAAAAGAAAGAGACAGAGACAGGGAGGCUUGAGCAGGAACAGCGUUUCAGCAGCAGCUCUAGGGUUAGGAGAAGUCACUUUAGAUUGACAGGAGGAGAGGGUGGUGGGAUUCCCAGAGAAAGUCAUUUUUCAGUGAAAUCAAGAAGUGGGAGGGGCGCAGGGAUUGAAGUCGGACUGAUCUUAUUGGGUGUAGAGUCCGAGCCUGCCUUCUCAUUGGCUCUACUCUUCCCUUUCAUUGGCCUCCCGCGCUCAGUUGGCUCGUACAGUCGCUCGUCUGUGUUGGAGUUGGAUAGAGGCUCCGGGCUGGAUUGUACAAACUUCUUCUUUCCACUGCAGAACAGAACUUCAACAACCGGAGCAACAGCAGCUGACACCGCCGGUCCUGACUUCUAGGAGGCAGCAUUUAACCCAUCACAUCCCAGCCAGACUCCCCAGCGCUGAUUAUUCAGCAGGACAAAAGAUGCCAGUGGCUCUGGGCACUUUCUGUCUCUCCCUCUCCUUAGUCUUCAUGUUUGGCAUCUGCUGUGCAGGGGCCUCGCAGGAGCCAUGCCAGGGGAACAUUGGGAAUAGAGAGGUAUAUGCUCCAUUCGGAGACUGGGUUCAGUUAAACUGCACCCACAACUGCACUCAAGCUGAAUGGGAGUCAAGAUUAAGAAAGAUGAACAUCAUUAGAGGACCUGGUUGGAUUUCUGUUGAAGUUGAGGUUGGAACUGGAGAUGGAGCUGAUGGCUGGAAAGCAUCAAACAUAAGCUGCACUGUUCUAUCACGUGGAGAAGGGGUUGAUAACAUUGUCACAGUAAUUCCUUACGAGAUUCCUGAUUUGGUGACAGUAGACAUGGAGGACACGCUGGAAGAAGGGAAAUCAUACGAUGUCACCUGCACUGUACAUGGAGUGGCCCCUAUUCAGAACCUCAUGGUCACAGUUUUCAGAGGAAAAGAAAUGAUUCACCAGAAAACGUUUAAAGAUGACUCUCGAGAUGGAAACAUUACAGAAACAGUAACAUUUUCAAUCACAGCUCAGAGAAGUGACAACAUGAAGGACUUCUCCUGCCAGGCCACCCUUGCACUGGGAACAGACCCUGGGAAUGUUAUAGUAGAGUCAUCCAGGGUCAGUGUUAGAACAUUUGCUCUGCCAGAGAAACCAAAGCUUGAGUCUGAUCAGUGGAUUGAGGUUGGCACCAAGCAUAAUGCCAUGUGUACAGUCUCCAAUGCCUUUCCUCUUGAGCACCUCAACCUGAAAAUGUUCUUCAAAAAAAUAGCCCUCAACGUGACUACAACCAAAAUGGCUGACGGCAGCUUGUUAGGAUUUGCCGAAAUUUCUCCCGACCCCAGUUCUUCAUUAGAAACUCACCAGCUUGAUUGCAAGGCUCAGGUCCUCAGUCUGUCCACCGAAGCAUUCAUGGAUAUUUACAUUUAUGAGUCUCCAAAUAUCAGCUUCACUGUCUUUCCUGAUUCAGUCCGUUUGAAUGAGACCGUAGCAGUCUCCUGCAAGUUAAAUAAUAAUAACCCAGAACGGUACGACAUGAUGAUCAGGAUGAACGAGAAACGAAUCUGUGAAGACCAAACCUCGUACUGUAAUGUCUCUGUGAAUGGGAGAACCCCCCAGUCAAUUGUCUCCUGUGAAGCUUCUCUUAAUAUUAACCCAGCCAUACAUAAAGCAAUAACGAAAAACAUCACAGUGCACUAUUCCCCACUGUUCCAGGAUAAUCAGUGCCCAGACCAACUUGUCCUGACAGAAGGACGCAAUGGCCCCUUUGAAUGCCGGGCUGACGGGAACCCCCCACCCAUUGUCACAUGCAGCAGGAAUAGCGGGAUUCUUCCAACGGAUAAACCAUUUAUUAUAGACAGAGCACAGGCCGGACAUUAUAGGUGCCUGGCUACUAAUGACUACGGAACUGUAAACAAGUCUAUAGAGGUAGAAGUUCAAUAUCCUCCGGUGACUCCAAACAUUACAGCCGUACCAGCAGCCAGUAUCUGUGAGGGUGGGGCCCUAAAUAUCACCUGUUUGUCUGAUGGUCUCCCCCAACCUGAGUAUCGUUGGGUGAUCCCUGUUGGCGCCCCUGUAGUUUUCUUGAAUAAUAACAGUGUGAUCUUUAUCCCAGAAGCCUCAUCUUCUCAUAGUGGCACCUACACAUGUCUGGCCCAAAACCGACAUGGAGAAAGAUCAGUAGAGAUGAUGAUUGUCGUUACGAAUAAUCGGCGUGUAAUCAUCCUAUGUGUCGUGGUUGUUGUGUUGACUCUUGCAGUAAUAAUAGGCAUACUGUGUUAUAGAAAAUGGAUAAAUGGCAAAAAGGGCUUUUACAAUUUAUGGAAGCCAAAACCAGAGAAGCCGCAAGAAGAGGAGAUGGCUCCAAUAAAGGCACCUUGUAACAACCACUGAAGAUUACGAGGAAGAUACUUGGUCUGUAGAAUUGUCAUUGACGCUAUUCCAAGACUGGAGACCAGUGAAUAUGAAUGGAUACAGUAGCACUACCUAUAGGAUUAUUGUCAAUGUAGUGCCAUUGUCUGUUUGACUACAGAAGUUCAUUUGUGCUCAUUAAUAGGUCUUCCAUUUCUAAAGUAAAAAGUCUCAUGAUGGUAAGAGCCAGAGAUGACGUAUCGUUCUUAAAGGGACAUCAUUGCCUGUGCUGAGAGGAGACAUUUCCCAUCUGCACUGUGCCCUUCCUGGCAAUCCACUACAACAGGAAACAGGAGGAAGUCAAGCGCACUUGAAAAUCUCUUCCCCCAUAUUAGUAUCAUCAUGUGUCCGGGUAUAAGGGUUUUCUUUUAAUCAGUGGCUGUUAAAAACAGUGUAUAUAUUAUUUCCAUUCUAUAAAUAAUGUUACGUGGUUUCAUAGCUGGUACUUACACUUUGUAUCUUCUGAGGAUCUUUUUAUUGUUGAACCUGGACUGACAGGUUAAUGGACACAUUGCAUUCACAUUAGCUUUAGAGUAAAAGCUGCCUCCUCCAUUAAAACUUUCUGUGGACCAAUCCCCAGUACUUCAGACCCGAUUCUGACAUUUUUUUGCGUGUGCACAAAGGAAGGGGAGGAGACAGGGCAAGCAACGGGACGUCUGCUAUAUAAAUCCAGCCGUGAGUAGAAAAGCAUCCGGCAACAGAUAAAAAAGGUUUUUUUUCCCCUUGCACAAAUGUUUUACCAUAUGGGCAUCUGAGGGCUACCCCUUAAAGCUGCAGCCCUAGGCACAGGCCCUCGAGUGCCUUAUGAUAAAUAUUCCCCUGUCUAUGCCCAUUACGGCCUACAGUUGGCAAUGUUGUUUAAAAAUAGCUAAUAUUUUGAAAACUAAAAAAAAAAAUUCCGAGUGCUACAUUUUCUUUGAGAUCCAGAU